AAGCCUGAAUUAUUAAACAACAGCAUAGCAUCCUCCGGGACUUUUGGGAGUAGUCUUUAUACUUCCGGUAUGAGUUUCGCUAUCGGCCGGUCGUUCACGUUUCCCGUAAGCGCGCAUUCAGGAUAUAAAGACCUGGACCUGGCACACAACCUGGGCAUUCAAACAACUUACUAUGUUUUCUCAAGCUCUCACUAUUCGCGCUGAUAGCAUCGCUCGUCAUAUCGAGACGGUCUUCCUUUUUACAAAGAAUGAUGUCAGAACCACUCUGAUACCUACCAUAUUCGCAUUAUCCGCGGCUCACAAAUAUGACCCCAUCCAUGCUUGGAAUGCUCCUUUGUGGAUAUGGCUCCACUUAUUGCAGUUCAACAUUGCAAACCAGAUCCAGGAUCCGGAGGAGGACCGCAAGAACAAGCCCUCCCGUCCGAUACCUGCUGGUCGCAUUUCUGUCGACAGCGCAGCUGAUAUGCGCUGGGUAAUGGUCCCGGUCUGCCUGAUGCUGUCAUUGUGGUACGGCACUCAGGCUCUGCUGGCCAGCACCGUUUUUGCAGUGUUGACGAUAUGGUAUAACGAACUUCACGGCGAUAAAAUGGGAUUGUCGAAGAAUGUACUCACAGCCAUCCUCUAUGGGUGCCUGGAAGUCGGAGGAACCGUUGCUGCCGGUUCUCGCAACUCAUGCAUCGAUAAGGCUGGUGCUUUGGCGGUCGCACUUAGCUCGACAGCCUUUGCGACUACACUUCAUGCACAAGACUUCAAAGAUGAAGAGGGUGACCGCCUCACUGGCAGGCGCACGCUACCCACAAUAUUCCCUAAAGCAGUGCGCUUUUCAAUGAUGCUCGGCAUUCCCCUCUGGUCAUUUGGCCUGAGCCAUAUCUGGAAGCUAGAUUCGCUCUCUACCACCGCAUUUGUAGCUUACGGCGCAUAUGUGGGGGCCCGAUUCGUGAUGUACGACUCGGUAGCCGCCGAUAAGCAGUCCUGCAAAUUUUAUAGCGUAAGUCGAAAUAUUAUUUGGGAGCACACCGAGGUGAAGCUGACAGUGAACUCAUACCAGUUGUGGUACUCGCUUGGCCAUCUACUUCCGGGUUACUGGCGUUUCUUUUAUGGUGCUUGAGUAUCCAGAGUUGAAAGCUGCAUCUGUCCCGUUCUGAUGAUGCACUAAAUUAAUGGAUGAGCAUUGAUGGCUGUCCGUAGGCAAAACAAUACAGAAUACUAUUACCUACCACCAGUUCGUGCAUCCUGAAUAGCCACACUUUGUCUGGCACAAAUCUUGAAGCUAAUUAAAUCAUAAUUUUCCUGCACGCACUACGGGCUUGAAUGAAUGCUA